AUGGCGACCUUUGUGAGCGAGCUGGAGGCGGCCAAAAAGAACUUGAGUGAGGCUGGGGAUAACGUGAAACAAUACUGGGCUAACUUAAAGUUGUGGUUCAAGCAGAAGAUCAGCAAAGAAGAGUUUGACCUUGAAGUUCAUAGACUUCUCACACAGGAUAAUGUCCAUUCUCACAACGAUUUCCUCCUGGCUAUUCUCACGCGUUGUCAGAUUUUGGUGUCUACACCAGAGGGUGCUGGAUCUUUACCCUGGACAGGGAGUUCUGCAGCCAAACCUGGAAAACCAAAGGGAAAGAAAAAGCUUUCUUCUGUUCGUCAGAAAUUUGAUCAUAGAUUCCAGCGUCAAAAUCCUCUCUCUGGAGCCCAGCAGUUUGUGGCCAAGGAUCCCCAAGAUGAUGAUGACUUGAAACUUUGUUCCCACACAACGAUGCUUCCCACUCGGGGUCAGCUUGAAGGGAGAAUGAUAGUGACUGCUUACAACCAUGGGCUGGACAACGUCACCAAGCAGGCUCUCUCAGCUGUGGUCUAUGCGGUGGAGAAUCACCUUAAAGAUAUAUUGACAUCAGUUGUGUCAAGAAGGAAAGCUUAUCGAUUACGUGAUGGUCAUUUUAAAUAUGCCUUUGGUAGUAAUGUGACCCCACAGCCAUACCUGAAGAAUAGUGUAGUAGCUUACAACAACUUAAUAGAAAGCCCUCCAGCCUUUUAUGCUCCUUGUUCUGGCCAGAACCCAGCGUCUCACCUGCCCCCUGACGAAGCUGAGCAGCAAGCUGCGCUACUGCUGGCGUGCUCGGGGGGCACGCUACCCACAUCUUUGCCCCCAGUGAGCAUGUACGACCGUUUUGAAGCUUUGCAAGUACACAGGGAAGUCAUUCCUACACACACUGUGUAUGCUCUCAACAUUGAAAGGAUCAUUAUGAAACUCUGGCAUCCAAAUCAUGAAGAGCUGCAGCAAGACAAAGUCCACUGCUAGCGCUUGGCAGACAAGGAGGGGCUUUUGCUCUGCUGAAUUAGGAUUUGAGGGGGUGUGGGACCCUCAGCAAAUUCAUUGAUUAUUGGGAAUUGAAUGUUUUUGGGGUCUACAUUUCAAGACUGAAGUGUGUAGAGUAAAUAUAACAUUUCCUAUGGAAAUGUGAUAGUACAUUUUGUGUUGCUACUGUGAAGCCAUUAAUAAAUCUGAUUUUAAUAAUGACCCAUAUCUCUGUAUGUAUGUGUGUGUGUGUGUGUUCCCAGUUAUGGGAAUAGGCACUGAGAAAGUUUUGUGCCUGGAAUGGUGCUGUUUAGGCAUCUGAGGCCUAGUAUCCUGUGGUCUGCAUGUGAGGUAGGUGACAUUCUAAAACAAAGAACCUGUUAUAACUUAGUCCCCACCAUCAGCAGGACAUCUGUGUGUUUAGAGACGUCACGUAUUCUGUAUCUGGCAAAUCUAAAAUUUCUGCUUUCCUCCUGAAGUAAGAACUGUGCUUUUAACACAGUGUAAAAAAUUGGUUAUCAUUUUUAGUGACCAGUUUUAUAUAUAUAU